UCUCCCCUCAUUACUCGUUACUUUUCAACAUAUAUCCCACAGACCCCCUGCUCUAUCUCUGCCUCUCCAAUUCAAAGCCCUUCAAAGCUCUCUCUCUCUCUCCCCCCAUCAUCUUCAUUGCCCCUGGAAGACAAGAGACACUCCCAUUCUUCAAGACCUUUUCUUGAAGAUAUCUCAACUUUCCCAAGAAACCCAAUUCCAGAUUCACCAAACCCAGAUCGAUCUCUUCCUCCCAAUUGAAUCUGUGGUGCAAAGAUGAAUGAUCUUAUGACCAAGUCUUUUCUCAGUUACGUCGAAUUGAAGAAACAGGCAAUGAAAGACAUCGAAUCAGGGCCAGACAUCGAGAUGGGUCAACUAGACCCUGCAGAUGAGAAAAACCUCUCACAGUUCUUCGAAGAGGUCGCGACAAUCAAGGAUGAUAUGGAAGAGAUCACUAGUCUCCUUCUUGAUCUUCAAGACCUAAAUGAAGAGACUAAGUCCACUCACAGUGCCAAAGUUCUUCGUGGCCUCAGAGACAGAAUCAACUCAGACAUGGUCAUGCUUCUUCGAAAGGCGAAAAUCAUCAAGACUAAAUUGGAAUUGCUUGAUCAAUCGAAUGUAGUUAAUCGUAGCGUGUCAGCAGCGUAUAGAGAAGGAAGUCCUGUUGAUCGAACACGAAUGUCGGUUACUAAUGGUUUGAGAAUCAAAUUGAGGGAUAUGAUGAAUGAUUUUCAGUCAUUGAGGGAAAAGAUUGUUAAAGACCAUAAAGAAGGGCUUAAGAGGAGGUACUACAAUGCCACCGGGGAGGAACCGAGUGAGGAAGUGAUCGAAAAGAUGGUUUUGGGAGGCGGGCAAGUUGGGAUUUUCGAAGGGAAGGCUGAUUUGGUGAUGGAGAAUCAGGAAAGGCAUGAGGCUUUGAAGGACAUUCAGAGGAGCUUGACUGAGCUCCAUCAAGUGUUUCUUGAUAUGGCGGUGUUGGUUGAGACGCAAGGCGAAAAGAUCAAUGAUAUCGAAGAGAACGUUGCUAGCGCCGGAGUUUAUAUCAGUGAGGGCACAAAGGAACUCAUUGAAGCUAAAAAGAUGAAGAAGAGGAAGAAUUGGGCUUGUUGGAUUGGGAUUGUGAUUCUGGUGUUCUUAUUGAUAUGCCUUAUUUCAAUUCUGACAUGACAAACUCAUAUCACAACUUGGUUUUUGUUGGGUUUUUUGAAAUUGCUUUGUUUUGUUUUUCAAAUGGAGGGGCUGUUUAUUAUUUGAAACUUUUCUUGUAAAUGUCUUUUUUGGGGGAGCAAUGAUGAUGAUAUCUGUUCAUCAUCCAGUGCAUUUAUGUAAUUUGAGCUUGGAAAAUGAGGUUUGAAUCA